AUGGUGCCGGCUAUUGAAAUAAUUGUUGGUACCUACACCGAAUAUCUAUUGGGCUAUCAGCUAUGCGAGAGCCGCGACAAAAACGGUGAUAAAAAGAUACAAUUGAAACCAACGUUUGCGGACAGAUCUCAUGAUGGAUCGAUUAAAUCCCUGGCUGUGCACAAGCAUUGGAUCGCUACCGGAGGCAUCGAUGAUCGCAUCUUCAUCUAUGACAUGCGUCUACGGAAACAAGCCCACGUCCUCAACGCGCACAAGGGAGUUGUCAACACGCUGGUAUUCUCGUCAGAUUCGACACAUUUAAUGUCGGGUGGAGUCGACGGACAUAUGAUUGCCACACGCCUAGCCAACUGGUCCACGGAGGGCGACUGGCCCAGGCCCCACAAUGGGAAAGCAGUUACACAUAUCGCCUGCCAUCCCAGUAGCCGGAUGUGCCUGUCUCUGGGUGCCGAUCAAGUCCUCAACACAUGGAACUUGGUAAAGGGCCGCAUCGCAUACAGAACUAAUCUGAAGAGCAAGCGUACUCUGGGCAACACUCCUGAUUGCCUAACCUGGUCGCCAGAGGGCAAUUUCUUCACCAUCGCAGGCCCACUCACAGUGGAGAUUUGGAGUAUUCAAACGGCUAGCGUGAUGAAGCAAAUCUCGCUGGCAUCGAAGCCCAUCUGUGUCGCCUGGCUUGAAGAGCAGAGCUGCGUGGUGGGUCUGGAGAAUGGUUGCAUUGCCUGGAUAAGCGUGUGUGAAGAAAAAGACACUGCGUCCAAGAUGAUAAAGAUGCACGACAAUCGUGUUAAGGGGGUUGGCUUCAUGCAUGACACCCUGGUGACCAUAUCCAGCAUGGGCGAGAUUAAGGCUUGGAAAUGCGAUGUGUAUAAUAAGCGCGUCUCACUGCUCGCAUGCACGAACAUCGACUGUCGUCCCACCUGUCUUUCACUUCUGGAUAGCUCGCAGUUCGACAAGUCACAGGAGAGUACGCCAACUCAGUCGAUCGGCAAACAGCAGACAGCCAGGCUUGCCGCUCGCAUUGAGGCACUGGAGUCGCAAAAGCCACGCAGCUAUGUCGCCAUUGAAUAUGACGAGAAUGACAAUGAAAACAAUGAAAACGAUGAAAACAAUGAAGACGAUGAAGACGAUGAAAGCGAAUACGUUUCGAGCGACCCCGAGAGCGAGCCAUCUGAUAGCGACGAGACUUACGAAAACGAUGAGGACUCCGAGCUGGACGAGGACGAGGACGAGCCAGAAAGAAAAACUUCAAAGAAGCAGUCCCAAGCAAAGCUCAAAAAAGGUUCGCCAACGAAACGCAAACAAGCUGCGCCUAAACAGACAAACUCAAAGCGUGCGAAAAAUUAAAAAUAAAUGUUGCGCACAACACAUUCACACUUAAAUUUAAUCGAGCUAAAUUAGCUCAAACCGUAUUUGUAAAACAAACAA